GCGCGCCGCGGGUGGGCGUGCGGGCGGACAGCCGUGGGCGCCCUCAUGUGCCAGCUCGGGGGCGCCGCUAUGUACAUGGGUCCCCUGGUGGUGAGGAGUCCGGGCGAAGGGAUCACGCCAGAGGAUAUCCGGGGAGACAUCAUGACCCUGAUGUAUAUCCACUGCGGGGUGGCGGCCGGCCUCCUUCUCGCCGUGAUCAUCUACUUCCCCGCCCGCCCCCCCUCGCCCCCCUCUGUGACGUCAGCUGAAGACAAGCCCAGUUUCCUCAGCGGCAUCAAGAGCAUCGCCAAGAACGUCCAGCUCCUGUUGGUCCUGGGCGUGUACUCGUUCUCCUUCGGCGUCCCCGUCGUCUGGAUCGGCGUCCUCACCUUCUCGCUCAGAGUCAUCGACAUUCAUCAGGAGCAGGCGAUGGGGGUGGCCGUGGUGGCCGUGUGCAUGUCCAGCGUGGCCGCCUUCAUCAUCGCCCGAAUCACAGACAAAGUGUACGGCCACCUCAGGGUCACCAUCAUUGGCCUCCUGCUGGCCUCCGGUGCCUGCUUCCUCUGGUUCGUCCUCAUCUCGACCGGGGUGAUCGUGCCCUCCCUCAUCCAAGUGUACAUGUCAGUGGCGGGAGGCGUGUCCUUCGAGUAUGCCUCCGUCCCGCUGCUCGUGGAACUGGCGGUGGAGCUCGGCUAUCCGAUCCCCGAGAGUGUCACGGGCGCCGCGCUCACCUUCCUGUUCAAUGUGGUGGCACUCGUGUUCCUCGGCCUCUUCCAGAUUCCGAGCGACUACAUGUGGGUCAGCUACGUGCUCCUAGCCUGCGUCUCCCUCACUAUCAUCCCCCUGAUGUUCGUGAAGGAAACGCACAAGAGAUCGGAGGCUGACAGGAAGGAGAUCAGCCAUAAUGCUGGGAGCGCCUCGAAUCCGACGGCGUAAUAGUAAUACUCCAUUACAGUGGAAUGCCUACACUGCCUGUUAUUUAUAAUGAGAGGGAAGAAAAGGUUGUUUACAGAGAGAGAGAGAGAGAGAGAGAGAGAGAGAGUGAGUGAGUGAGUGAGUGAGUGAGUGAGUGAGUGAGUGAGUGAGUGAGUGAGUGAGUGUGUGAGUGGGUGAGUGAGUGAGUGAGUGAGUGAGUGAGUGAGUGAGUGAGUGAGUGAGAGAGAGAGAACGAGAAUAAAUGACUAAAUAAUUUUGGAACCCACUGUCAGACGAAGCAUGUUGUCUGUCAGUCGUCGCACAAUAGAUAUCUUUGUAUAUGCCAUUUCUAUGUAUUAUACACAUAUUAGUUUGUAUUCGAAGCCAAUUAACAAAAUAUCCUGAAACAUCACCUCCAGUUAUGUUGACCGAAAGGGAGAAGAGGUUGAAUACUUUAAAUAAAUCAUCAACUUCGUAUCUAAUGUCAUAGUAUCUUUGAAUAACUUAUAUUAUUAUAUGUUAUCUGAUGUAUUUAUUAAGUAAAUAUCGCAAUGUUUAACCUCUUGAAAAUAAAAUAAUAUUUUUUAUGUGACAUAAAUGUAAAUAUUUCUAACCCUGUACAUUUUGUUGAUACAUGGAAUAAUAUAGUAAUUGUAUGUUUAUACACACGUGGGUGUGUAUACAUAUGUAUGUAUA